AUGGAGUCUUCCAAGACCUUCAUGAGACACCUGCCAAUCACGCCAGGCUACAGUGGCUUCGUGCCCUACCUUAGCUGCCAGGGCACCUCCAGUGAGGACAACAUGUCCCACUGUCUGAAAAUCUUCCAGGAGAACACACAGCGGAGUAAAGACCAGCUGGAGGACUUACGCUGCACAGUGGCCACUGCCCAACUAAAGCCCGUCUGCUCACAGGAGACGGUCCUGUGGACCCUGCACCAGUAUUACCGGCGGUACCGCCCCUUGAGUUGGGAAUGCAAAUACAUAACGAAACCUCUUCAGGAGCCCCCCAUCCCCAGCUGGGCAGGCUACCUGCCGAGAGCCAGGGUCACUGAAUUAGGUUGUGCCACGCGGCACACCGUCAUGGCCAGAAACUGCUACAGGGACUUCCUGGACGUCAUGGAGCAGGCCAAGAGAGCACACCUGAAACCAUAUGAGGAGUAA